CAUCAUCUUCAAUAUACUCACGCAAGAACUCAUUAUAACCUUAUCCACCCCAAAACCCCUACAAAACCUCCAUCAUCAACCACCAUGUUCCCCCAAUUCCACAAUUCAAUCUCUCAACAAUCUUAAUCCCUCAUCAACCAAACCCUACCCCAUGGACCUUUCAUCUCCACUAAAACCCUCAAACUCAACCAUAUUUCAUCAUCGCACUCAUGACCUCUCUUUCUCCUCCUCACUUUCACCUUUCCCAGUCAAAACCCACUUCCAAAAUCUCACUUUUCGCAAACCCUUUUCACCAAACCUCACAAUUUUCGCCACACUAGAGAAACAAGAACAAGAACUCCCCAAAAACAGCCCACAAAGACUCCUAAAAGAGCUCUCACAACGCAAGAAAUACAUUUCCCCAAACAAAAGAGUACCCCCAAAACGAUUCAUCCUCAAACCCCCUUUAGAUGAUGCAAAACUAGCUCAAAGAUUUCUCAACAGCCCACAACUGUCACUAAAGCAGUUCCCUUUACUCAGUUCUUGUCUACCCUCUAUGAAGUUUAACAAUGCUGAUAAAACUUGGAUUGAUGAGUAUUUGUUGGAGGCUAAACAGGCUCUUGGGUACCCUCUAGAACCUUCUGAGAAUUAUGGGGAUGAUAAUCCAGCUAAGCAGUUUGAUACAUUGUUGUAUUUGGCUUUUGGGCAUCCUCAUUGUGAGAGGACAAAUGCAAGACAUGUGAGGUCUGGGCAUUCAAGAUUGGGGUUUUUGGGUCAGUAUGUUCUUGAAUUGGCAUUGGCUGAGUUUUUCUUGCAGAGGUAUCCUCGGGAAUCGCCUGGCCCGAUGAGGGAGAGGGUUUAUGCUUUGAUUGGGAAGAAGUUUUUGCCUAAGUGGGUUAAAGCUGCUAGCUUGCAUAACUUGAUUUUCCAGUAUGAUGACAUGGAUAAGCUUGUUAGAAAAGAACGAGAACCGCCUGUGAAGUCUGUGUUUUGGGCUUUGUUUGGAGCAAUAUACCUUUGUUUCGGUAUGCCCGAAGUUUAUCGUGUACUUUUUGAAGUAUUUGGAAUGGACCCUGAAGAUGAAGAAUGUCAGCCUAAAUUAAGAAGACAACUUGAAGAUGUUGACUAUGUUUCUGCAGAAUUUGAAGGGAGAAAACUCAGUUGGCAAGACGUUGCUGCUUAUAAGCCUCCUGAAGACGCCCUUUUUGCUCACCCGAGGCUUUUCAGGGCUUGUGUUCCACCAGGGAUGCAUAGAUUCAGAGGAAACAUAUGGGAUUUUGACUCUAGACCUCAAGUUAUGAAUACAUUAGGAUAUCCUUUAAAAAUUAAAGAUAGAAUCCCAGAAAUUACCAACGCCAGAAACAUAGAACUUGGCCUCGGGUUACAGCUUGCCUUCUUGCAUCCAUCAAAGUAUAAAUUUGAGCAUCCUCGGUUUUGCUUUGAGCGGCUAGAAUAUGUCGGCCAAAAGAUCCAGGAUCUUGUAAUGGCGGAGAGGCUGCUUAUAAAGCAUAUAGAUGCACCAGGAACAUGGUUACAAGAAAAACACAGAAGAAUUCUUAUGAACAAAUUUUGUGGCAAAUAUCUAAGGGAAAAGUAUCUUCACCGGUUCAUUAUUUAUAGCGAGGAAGUACAAGAUUCAUAUGAGCACAACCGAAGGCUCAGGAACCCGGCAACCACCUCGGUCCAACAAGCCAUUCAUGGGCUUUCCUAUACUGUCUACGGCAAGCCCGAUGUUAGACGGCUCAUGUUUGAGGUUUUUGACUUUGAACAAACUCAGCCUAAAGCCGUGUGAGCCGUUGUUGUCUGACCAUGGUUCAGUUUUGGGCUAGGGGCUAGUUUUGGGUUGUUGCAUGUAGAUUAAUGUACCAUUUGUUUAUCUUUGAUUGACAAAAUAGUUAUAUGGGUUUGUUUGUAUAACUAGGGGAAAAGCCUGUUGGUUGGUGUCACUACAGGGGUAAAAUUUAAAUACUUUAUGGAUGACACUUGAGGAAUCAAAAUCGAUACAAGAAUAUGUUGGCUUGGGUAAAAGUUUAGUGCUUUAUAUUGCUCAUGUUAUGUUGAGAUGACAUUGGGUUGUAAUAUUAAUCACACAAAGAAUUAGUAUUCAUCAA